CACAUGAUACCUUCGCCGUGUUUUCGCUUCGCACAAGGCAGUAGGCACAUUUUCUAAUUCGCUCACAUGUUUAUGCACCUGGAAUCGGAAUAAUGAAUUUAUUUUUUAACUAAAAAAUUAAAUAACGAAAAUUUUAUAAAAUGGGGAAGUCUCGACAUAAUGCGAAGGCAAGGCAGGUCGUGAAAACAAAUAUUGAUAACACCGAAACCAAUGAGAUUCAAGUGGAAUUCUCUACAAAUGAGUAUGGAGCAUCUGACACUAGUAACCUUCUGGUCUUACCAUCAAAGAAAAGACAAACUAAAGUUAUAUCAGACAAGAAAGAAAAGACCAGAUUUCUCUCGAAAGCUCAGAGAAAACGGUUGGAAAAAAUUGUUGACAAGAAGAAAAAGAAAGAAAAUAGAUCAGCACUACUAGAAUCACUGUCACAAGUACAAGCUUCGCCUGCUGAAGUGCAACAGCUGACUGCCAUAUCAGCCGUUCAGACUAUAGGUUUGAGGAAGUUAAACGAGUACAACUUGGAAACUAAUAUAGAAACUCACGAGCCAGCAGAAAAUAAGAAGUUUAGCAGCAUUGCUGGAGCCAAGAAACGACUAAGACUAUUGAAAAUGGAUAAUGCAGGAAAAAUUAAAAAGGGCAAAUAUGACCCAAAUGUAGUGGGCCUCCAGGAGUCUUCUAGUGAAGAUCUGAGUUCAGACUCUGAUGAUGAACCAGAAAUCAUACAAAACGGGAAUAAAGAUUCUGUAAAUGACAGUGUUGAAGUAGAUGAUGAUAGUAAAAUUGCUGAAACAGAAAUUUGUAAAAAGAAAGAGUUAGAAGUAUCCCAAGAAAAAGAGAAGGAAGUAGUAGCGAAUCUGGACAACGAUGUGAAGGUAGAAAAGAAAAAGCCUUUACUUGAACAUGCAACAGUUCACAUAGAAGUGAAAAGAGACCCAAAAGUGCAGGUAGCAAGGUUGAAAUUGCCUAUUUUGGGGGAAGAGCAGAAAAUAAUGGAGUUGGUCAAUGAAAAUGAAUUCCUGCUUGUAGCUGGAGAAACUGGUAGCGGAAAAACGACGCAAAUCCCCCAAUUUCUAUAUGAGGCUGGCUACGCCGAGCAGAGAAUGAUAGCGGUGACGGAACCCCGGCGUGUGGCCACGGUGGCCAUGGCGGCCAGGGUGGGCCACGAACUGGGCCUGACCAGCAGGGAGGUGUCGUACCUCAUGAGGUUCGAGGGGAACGCCACUAAGGACACCAAGAUCAAGUUUAUGACUGAUGGUGUCCUGCUCAAAGAGAUUCAAUCAGACUUUCUACUUAGCAAGUAUUCAGUCGUGAUCAUAGACGAAGCUCACGAACGGAGCGUGUAUACGGAUAUUUUACUUGGCCUGUUGUCUAGAAUAGUACCUCUUAGGAGAAAGAGAGGGAACCCUCUCAGGCUUAUUAUUAUGUCGGCGACAUUGAGGUUGCAAGAUUUCACGGAAAAUACGAGAUUGUUUAAAGAACCACCACCAGUAGUGAAAAUAGACUCCAGACAAUUUCCGGUCACCGUGCACUUCAACAAACACACAAACAGUGAUUAUUUGAAGGAGGCAUAUACGAAGACUGUCAAAAUACACACAAGGUUGCCCGAAGGUGGAAUUCUUAUCUUCGUUACGGGACAACAAGAGGUUCAUUACUUGGUGCGUAAACUGCGCGCCUCGUUUCCUUACCGCAAAGAUGUAGAUUACUCGAAACUUAUCACAAAGAGUAAAGCGGUUGAAGUGGACCCUGCAUUGGAUUCGGAACCUGAGGAUAUUGAGUCUGAUGAUGAUGAGGUUGAAAGAGAAAUGAAACGUAUGAGGAAAGCGCGCAGAAAAGCGAAGUUGAAAUCUAAAUCUUUGCCCAAAAUAAACUUGGACGAUUAUGAUAUGCCCGAUGACGACGGACAGGCCGAUUUGGUAGACGAUGAAGAUAGUGAAGGCCAUCUCAGUGAUUCUGAUGCCGAAGAAGACACUCUAGCACCAGUAAUUAAAUCGUGCCGUCAGCCCUUGUGGGUGCUGCCAUUGUACUCUAUGCUGAGUUCGAGCAAGCAAUCGCGCGUGUUCGACUCUCCGCCGACCGGCGCGAGACUCUGCGUGGUCAGUACUGACGUCGCCGAGACUUCUCUCACUAUACCGCAUAUCAAGUAUGUCGUCGAUUGCGGGAAGAAGAAAAUGCGUGUAUACGACCACGUGACCGGCGCAAGCGCAUGGCGUGUAGUAUGGACCUCUCAAGCGAGCGCCGAACAACGUUCCGGCAGGGCGGGCAGAGUCGGGGCCGGCCACGCGUAUCGACUGUACAGCAGCGCCGUGUUCCAACACGACUGCCCGCCGCAUCACCCCCCGGAUCUGUGCAGGCGACCGGUGGAUGACCUAGUGCUCAUGAUGAAGUGUAUGGGAAUAGAUAAGGUGGUUAACUUCCCGUUUCCAACGGCGCCGGACAGAUUAUUACUCCGUCUGGCCGAGAAACGUCUAGAAACACUCGGUAUUUUGGAGAGGCACGAAAACAAGAACAAGAGGAAAGACGAUGAAGAUAUAUUAAAAGUAACUCCACUCGGUAAAGCGGUGUCGGCGUUUCCAUUGCUACCGCGGUACGGCAAGAUGUUAGCUCUAAGUCAUCAACAGAAUCUCCUGCCUUAUACUGUUGCCCUGGUAGCCGCUCUCACUGUGCCUGAGGUUAUGUCUGGCAAUAGUGACAGUUGGCCGGCGACUGGCAACACUCUCCUGCUCGGCGACCCUGGCGUUUUGCUGAGAGUGGUUGGCGCGGCUGAAUACGCAUUUGUUAAAGGGGAAGAGGAAUUGUUUUGUGCGAAAUACGGAGUGAGAGAGAAGGCUAUAAAAGAAAUCCGCAAGCUUCGUAAACAGUUAACUUCGGAAAUAAACUUGAGCGUGGCCGGUGUGGACGCGACCAUAGACCCCGAGAUGCAGCCGCCCACUGACACGCAGGCCAGGCUGCUGAGGCAGCUCGUGUUGAGUGGGCUGGGAGACCAGGUCGGGAGGAAAAUCGGCUUGGAGGAAGUUAAACAAGGCGAAGACAAACGUAAAUUCAAAUACGCCUACCACUGCGGCGACUUAGAAGAACCAGUACAUCUGCACUCAUCUUCGAUACUCAGGAAGACUAUACCUGAAUGGGUGGUUUAUCAGGAGUUGUACGAGACGGGCACAGAGCAAAGCAGAAAGAUGAUCAUGAGGAAUGUGACCGCUGUAGAGCCUGAAUGGUUGCCAGUUUAUGUGCCACAUCUGUGUAAUUUAGGGGAACCACUCACAGACCCUGAGCCUAGAUACGACGAGAAUUCUGGAAGAGUCAAAUGCCAUUUCAAAGGCACCUUCGGCAAGGCGGGCUGGGAACUGCCUACCGUUGAAAUCGACUAUCCUGACAAAAUCGACCGGUACAGAUGGUUCGCUCGUUUCCUACUAGAGGGCGCUGUGUUCCCCAAACUUCGUAAAUACUCCGGCUCGCUGAUGUCCCCUCCAUCUACUAUGGUGAAAAGUUGGGCCAAACUCCAGCCAAGGACAGAGAUACUUCUCAAGGCUCUUAUUGCGAAGCGAGCGGGGACAAGAGACGCGAUGAAGAAAGUUUGGGAAGAUCAGCCUAGUUAUCUGCUAGAUGAGUAUCUUAAAUGGCUCCCGGAGUCCGCCCACAACGAAGCAACUAUGUACUGGCCACCCUUAUGAUAAACUUCAAUUUUUUUUGUAAAUAUUGUAAAUAAAGUAAUAUUAUUGUUG